AGUCUGAGAUUCUCAUUGGAGCUGAUCGCGUCGCGCAAUUUUAAGUGAAUGGAUUCACACUAAAGGUCUCGUUAAAGAUCUAAAUAUUGUAUGCAAAACAAGAGAGCAUCUAUUUGGGAAUGGAGUUUGUAAAAUUGAAUUUCCUCAAGUUUAAUACAAAUAGUGACUGGUUAAUUUUAUGGUGACGUCACGCGUAUAAAUAAUUAAGUUAAUUGAUUGUUUCACAAGUGAAAAUUUUCGCCACGUUCAUGUGAUGUUUUGUGAGUGUGUAAUAAUGUGGAUUGUGUUGGAGCUUCCUUUGCUCCCAAAAAGAGAGGGCAAACACAACGGGGAGUGAAAAAGCAAAAUAACAAAAGCUCUGUUGUGUGCCGACAAAAUAAAAUAAUAAAAUGCAGAAACUUUUAGUCAAGUUGUAAAAUUUUCCAGCAAAAUUUUAUUCAAUUUUGAGAGAGUGGGAACAGUAUAUUAUUGAAAUUUUAUAUAGAAUUUCAAAUACGACAAAAACCAUAUAUUCCAGUUUAAAAAUAGAGUUGAAAUAGGAAAAUGUGGCAAGUGUACAUCAAUUGAGCUGGGGCUGUCCCACCACCGUCGGUUCAGUGAAUGUGACGUAAUAGAGUGUAAUACGGGAAAUUGGAUGGAUUAAUAUAAAAAAAACGAAGAGUGGAAAAAAGGUGGUAAAAAGAAAUGUCUCAGAGACGCGGCCAAUCGAUGCCACCCUACGUGUACGAAGCCAAUUCAGGAAAUGAGAGGAACCGCUGUACGGCCGCUCUGUGUAUGUCCUGGAAAUUCUUCACAUGUCUCCUGUCCCACAUAACGCUUGUGACUCUGGUUGUGUCUUAUUGUAUUCUGGGCGCGUUUACAUUUGAACAUCUGGAGGCAGCCAAUGAAAUUUCGGUGAAACGAAGCAUCGAAUACAUUCGUGGCAAUCUGACGGAAGAUAUUUGGAAGACCACAUCCGGAAUUGCAGUCCUACAUCCAGAGAACUGGACCAUGACAAUGGAGUUCAAAUUGUUGGAGUUUGAAAGAGAGCUUCUUGAAGCAAUGAAGGCCAGAGGAUGGGAUGGAAACGAAGAUGAAAAGCAAAUGCAAUGGACGUUUGCCGGAGCUCUGUUCUAUUCAAUAAUCGUUAUAACAACAAUUGGAUACGGUCACAUUGCACCAAAAACUCACAUGGGGAAAGUGACAACGAUUUUUUAUGCUAUACUCGGGAUUCCACUCAUGCUGCUGUGUCUAUCAAAUAUUGGAGAUAUUAUGGCCUCAUCCUUCAGAUUUUUGUACUGGCGUGUGUGCUGCUUUGUAUGCACCAGAGAACCAAAACGUUCACCGUCGAGACGCUUACGUCCCGGCAGAGGAACAAUUCGUCAGCCUGGACGACAAUCGAUUCGGAAGACAGAACGUACUAUUUCCCAAAAAUCAAGGGAUUCAGGAUUUGAGCCCGGUCUCAGUCACGCUUAUUCUGAUACAGAAUUGCGCUAUACAACCACGGAACGUGUGAGUGGGAGUAAUCAGUAUGGGUAUGGGGCUAAUACGCGACAUCCACGGUUCAAUCGCGACAAGGAUCGCUUUAGGGAUCGGCAUACAGUUGAGCGAGAGCGAAAUGUAGCUCGAGAACUCAAUGAUGAUGAAUUUGGGGAGCUUUCUCCACGUAGCAGUCGCUAUAACACCACCGGUCGGAUAAAUCGAGACCCCACCCACCAUCGCAUUGACCCUAGAUUUCAUGGUGCUCGAGGCCAGUCACUCGAUCGGAAGCACAAUAAGCGCGACACGUCGGAUGCCGAGACACCUGUGUUAUGCAACAGAUAUGCCAUUAGUGAUAUGGAGAAGGGUCACAUGGAGCCUCCUGGUGAUGUUGACCGAGCUGGACAUAGGAGACGAAUGCGAGGGAGACAGCUCAUGACUGGUCCCAGGAGUCAGUCCGUUCCCCGGCCCCUAUACAGCAACCGCCUGGAGUUGCCAGAAAUAUCUCCUCCGUCAUCUCGGCAUAAGCAUUUUGCAGAUGAUUUGGAUGAAUUUGAAGAUGCAGAGUUGCAGAUACAAGCAAUUAGGAAGGCAAAGAGGCGUGACAGAGCUGCACCACCAUCACCACGAAUCAUGUCACCAAUGGGAUUUGCAGUACAUCGACAGGCGAGAUAUGAAGAAGGGGGCUCACUCUAUGAUGAUGACUGGGAUUCGUAUGGUGACAUGCCACCCCGAUCACGUCCAGUUCCCAUUUGGCUCUGUGUCUUCCUCGUAAUCAGCUAUAUUAUUGCAGGAGCAUUUCUCUUUGCUCGAUGGGAACGAUGGGAAUUUCUCGAUUCUGCUUACUUCUGUUUCAUAACACUGACAACAAUUGGUUUUGGUGAUUUUGUGCCAGCAACGGGUGUUAAAGCCAAUUCGGAAGUGUCAAUAGCACUAUGCUCACUCUAUUUACUCUUUGGCAUCGCACUUCUGGCCAUGAGCUUCAAUCUUGUACAGGAAGAGGUAAUAGCCAAUGUAAAGAGUGUUGCUCGUCGUUUGGGGAUACUCAAGGAAGAGGAAAUUGAUGAUUAGACUUCACCGGAAGACGAUUCGGCUCUCUCUUCGAUUUUCCCACAUCUUUAUGAAAUUUUCAUCAUCCACUCUCUCCAAUGGUGGAAAAAUCUUAGUUUUGUGUUAUUUACAAAAUAUGACACAUUUUAUGGGAGUUUCCCAUUUAAUGAAUUGUUUGAUUAAGUAGGGAACCUUUAGACACCAAUAAAAUACUCGUAAACUUUUAUUAGCAAAUCAUUUGAAUUUUCAAUCAUGAUCUAAAUUCAUUGUUCUAACAUGCGCAACAAUGUGAGGAACAGCAUAAACGCAAUAAUGCUUUCAUGAAUAUGAAAAUCACCCUCGCAUUUUCCCUUAAUAUUAAUAUAAUGUUUAAUAUGAUGUAGAAAGAUGUUAGAUGAUAAUAAAGCUUGUUUUUUUAUGGGGUCACAUUAAAAUAUGCUGAUGCACAAAAAAAAGAGAAACAGAAAGAGGAUAAAAUAUACACAUUGGAUGAGAAAAGUUUCUCAUUUUAUUGGCGCGAGGAUGUGUAAAAUAUGCGCUUUUUCGUUUAAGUGACGGUUACACCACUUUACGAAAAUUUAUGAUUUGUUUUAUUGAUUGAUUUUAUAGCCAUUAUGUGUUACACCCUUACGCAUAUUAUUCAUGCAAAAUAUGACAGAAAUUGGCUAUCACAAUAUUUACCAACACUUUUCGAUGUCAUACAAUAUUCACAUUGACUGUAAAAUAAAAAGGAAUAUAGUAAAAUGGA